GCCCGUGUGUCGCUUCUCGAAGCUCCCCGAUCCCCGACAUCUCUCUCUCUCUCUCUCUGUCUCGGUGCCUAUCGAGCUUGCACGCGCGCUUGCGUUCGUCGUCCUAGAUGCGCCGAUAUUUUUGUUGCGCUCGCGUUGUUGUUGUUGUUGUUCCUGCUCGUACUAUGUAGCUUGCGCUGCGUAUACUCGCGACCGAGAUACUUACCGUCGAAUUUUUUUAACGCGAAAUUUCGCGGCAGUGACUAUUUUCUCUGCGACGACGACGACGACGUUGUUGCUGCUGCUGCUGUUGGCCGAUGGUUCCUGUAUGAAUUUAUUGGCGGAGGGCCGACGAUACGUAAGCCGCGCGCACGCACGUGGUGCGCUUCUUAUAUAUAUGCAGUGAGCCACUUGCACCUCGCUCGACGUCGAAUCGCUCGUCGCAGCCACCCCCCCGGAUUUUGGCCGCCGACUACUCGCACAACAAGCAACGAGCCCGUCCACCGUAAGGGGAUACCGAAGCUAAAGUAAAAUCACGUUUUUAAGAAUUCAAUUCUUAUCAAGUUUCUGGGUUGCUUCAAUGAAUUAGCUAACGAUAAAAACUCCGAAAAUUUGCAGGUAGGAAAAUGCUGAUUUUCAUGAUAAUUGGCGAUUUUGUUAACAGAUCAAGUAAAACAAGAAAAAUUGACAGAUUUCAACUUGAAUAAACGAGAGUAUACUUGUUUUAAAACUUAUAUAUGAAGUAGGAGAAAUUCACACUCAGUAUAUUAGCGAUGAGUUCGAAGAUGAGGUGACUCGUAAGCUAAAGCCAAGCGUAGAUCAACGGAUGCUCGGUGGAUUUCGACGAUCAGGCGACAAUCCAGGGAAGAAAGACGUUGCCGAAACGCGCACACAGGGCCCCCCAUGGCCCGGGUUUGGUCGCGGCAGCGCUGGUGGUACCUCCUGACCGUCGUUUCAAGUCUGACAAUUAUCAUCGGCCUGCCGGGCAACGAGUGCCAUGGCCAAAAACCCGGGCCCGGGCGAGCAGCCACAGCCACAGCCACAGCCACGGCCACGGCAGCCAUCCCCGCGUCUCCAGCUUCGACCUCGAGUCAACGAAUCGUCGUUUUCCUGCGCGAGCAGUGCGCCGAAGACGACGGCCACUACGCCGGGCGAACUACUACGACUGCAGGCGAGGAGGACCGACUGGACGUCGAGCUGAUGCAACGCUAUCUGCGAGCUUCCUACGAUAGCUCGUUGGAAAUCAUACCGAAAGCUCAGACCUGCGAGGAGCGCACAUGGGGUUUGGAGGCGCUCGUGCAGGCGCUGAGUCAAAGAACGACCAAGGCCCUCGUCGCCCAGCUCGACUACAGCACCUGCGAAGUGGCCGCCAAGCUCGCCCACCUGUGGAACAAAUCCCUCGUCACGUGGACCUGCCCUCAGAAAACGGAGGAGGAUAGAAAAUUGUCGUCGAUCGUUAGGCUUUCGCCGUCACCGGUCGUCUUAGGUCGAGCUGUAGCCGAGAUUUUCUUGCAUUUUCGCUGGAAAACUGUCUCGGUGAUUGGACUCGAUAAUCCAGUGUGGUCAAAUCUAGCUACUUCGGUAAUUAGUGAAUUGCGCAGCAUCGGAAUUAUACCUCGUCAUCAUGCUGUACUGCCUCACAAUGCUGGAUCCAAAUUGAUUCGCUCUACGCUAAGACCGUUACGUUCAAUAAUUUGCAGAGUGAUAAUCGUAUGCCUACCGUUGCAAGGGAAUUUAAUGUCCCGCACGUUAACCGAGCUGGACAAAAUGCAAGAGUCGCGAGUGCCCAACACCGUGAUUCUCAUUGUCCAUCCAGUAGGACCGCAGCCGUUCGCGUCAUCGACGGCGAAUCCCGUGCCCGAAGAGCUGUCGCCGUUCACCUGGAUGUGCUCGAACUGUAGCGCCAACGAUACGAUGAUUUUCAGCGACGAUUACGAAGAGUCGACGCAAACGAGAAAUUACGACGAGGAGGAUAAAUCAAUACGCUUUGUGCCGCCCCGCGAUCUCGGCCGCACGAGUCUCGAUAAUCUGCUAGUUAUCGUGCCCGUUGAUCAGAGAUACAAUUUACAACGGUUACUAAAUGGAACGUCGUCUUACAAACCUCUCUUGACGUUGGAUCAUGUGCGCGAGGCGCUGGAUGUCAUCCUGGAAACCGACUAUGAAAACAUUAGUAGCCGUCAAUCGUUGAACAGUUACAACAACAAAAUGUACGCGUACGGAUUGUUGAGUUAUGAGUCGUCGUCGUCGUCGUCGUCGUUUGAGACGCCGGCCGAGUGGCGACCAUUAGUCAUUAUCACGGAGAAUUCAAACACGCCUAUACUGGUGUUGCGAGAACUAGCCAGAAAUUCAUUUAUCGACGAAGAGAAUUUCGACUUGCUGUGCAACGAUCAAUCCGACUGUACAGAUAAAAUAGAAAUACCUCUACACACAGCACAUAUCGUAGCAAUAAUUUUGGGCUCAUUGCUUUUCGCAUUAACGGCCAUUCUCACCGCUGCUCUUAUUAGAAGACACUUGUUGAAAAAGCGCAUGUCCAAGGGACCCUAUAAAAUAAUUUUAACGGCGACGGAUUUUGUUUUUCCGCAAAUUCCUGAUCACAGACGAGUCGACGAGGGCAUCGAAGCCAUGCUGUGUUGUUGGUUGCAACAGCUGCAGGAAUUCGGUGGUCCGGAGGUAGAAAAACCGGAUCUGCUGCAGGGCAGCGUGGGUUCGCUGAGGCCACAUUUGCAAGCCAGCAACGGCAGCCUGGCGCGUCACUUGUUCAAUGAUCCACGAGCACGAUACAACGGCGAUCUCGUCCAACUGAAGCAGCUACCGUCUCAAGGCGCUUUCGAGCUCAAAAGCAAGGCAAUGGACGUCCUCGUGAUGAUUCACGGUCUGCGUCACGAGAACCUGAACGCCCUGAUAGGCUGCUUGACCGAGCCGAGCCGGCCUUGCCUCGUCUACGAAUACUGCUCGAGGGGCUCCUUGGAGGACGUGCUGGUACAGGACGAAAUUAAGCUCGAUUGGUCUUUUCGCCUCUCGCUGCUCACUGAUCUCGUUCGGGGAAUGAAGUAUCUGCACAGCACGCCGAUACGCGUGCACGGCUACCUGACGUCGAGGAACUGCGUGAUCGACGCACGCUGGGUGCUCAAAGUCACGGACUACGGGCUGCCUGCCUUCUACGAGGCGCAAAACAUGCAGCCCCCGCCCAAAACGAACCGAGACCUAUUAUGGACAGCGCCGGAAUUACUGAGGCAAGCCGGGCUGCGGAAACGCGGCAGCCAGCCCGGAGACGUCUACAGCUUCGGCAUCAUCAUGCAGGAGGUCGUGGUGCGCGGCGAGCCCUUUUGCAUGCUCGCCCUUUCACCCGAAGACAUCAUAGAGAAGGUGAAGAAACCGCCGCCCCUGAUAAGACCGUCGGUGAGCAAAGGCGCGGCACCGCCCGAAGCCAUCAAUAUCAUGCGCCAAUGCUGGGCGGAAAAUGCCGACAUGCGACCGGAUUUCAACGCCGUCCACGACCUCUUCAAGAAACUCAAUCAUGGCAGAAAAGUCAAUUUCGUCGACACGAUGUUUCAAAUGCUGGAGAAGUACUCCAACAAUUUGGAGGAGCUCAUACGGGAGCGCACCGAACAGCUGGACAUGGAAAAAAAGAAAACCGAACAAUUACUGAAUCGCAUGCUGCCGAGUUCGGUGGCGGAGAAAUUGAAGCUCGGCAUGCCAGUCGAUCCCGAGGAAUUCGACGAGGUGACGAUUUAUUUUUCCGACAUCGUCGGCUUCACCACGAUUUCGGCGUACUCGACGCCGUUCCAAGUGGUCGAUUUGCUCAACGAUCUGUACACGUGUUUCGACGACACCAUCAACGCCUACAACGUUUACAAGGUGGAGACGAUCGGUGACGCCUACAUGGUCGUGGGCGGCUGCCCGGUGAGAAUACCCGACCACGCCAAUCAGAUCGCGACGAUGGCGCUGGACCUGCUGCACCAGAGCGGCAAGUUCAAGCUGCGCCAUCUGCCCAAGACGCGGCUGAGGCUGCGCAUCGGCCUGCACACGGGGCCCUGCUGCGCCGGCGUCGUGGGCCUGACCAUGCCGCGCUACUGCCUCUUCGGCGACACCGUCAACACGGCCUCGCGCAUGGAGUCCACGGGCGCCCCGUGGCGCAUCCACAUGAGCCAGGCGACGCGCGACCGACUGGCCCAGGUCGGUGGCUACAUAAUCGAGUAUCGCGGCCGCACCGAGGUCAAGGGCAAGGGCUCGAUGCCGACCUACUGGCUGCUGGGCAAGCAGGACUUCGACAAGGAGCUGCCCGUGCCGCCGCCUCUGGGAGAAAACCAUGGGCUCGACGAGAUCGAGAUACUGGAGAAUAUGCAGUGCUCGCCGGACGAAGAGACGGCUACGGACGCCAUGACUCCGCGACAACGCAGCAUGACCCAACGCGGCGACUCGUCUACCUCGAGUCUACCGGCUCAACUGACCUCGAUGGAUCAACAGCAUUUGCAGGCCACGUCGCAGGACGACGACAGCUCGGCCGACUGCAGCAGUAGCGGAGCCGCUGCCGCCGUGUCGUUACCAACUACGACCGGUGCUGGUCCGAGUGCCACUGGUGUAGCUCGAGAUCAGACCGACCGAGUCUCGCCCGCCGCCUACAAGUUCGCCCACAGCGAGCAGUCGAGCGUCGACAAGGCCAGCACGAGCAGCGGCGUGAGUAGACGAGUGACCGUCUCUGUGCACGGCGGAGCAGCCGGCGACGACGGCGGCGGCGGCGCCGGUGCUGGAGGCAAGCCCAGCCUCGGUCAGAGCUUCUCCACGCCCGAUUACGCGAGCGCGAACGUUACCAAGAGCACCUCCAGCGACAAUCCCAUGAUGCUCGGUACUCCAGUGUCGGCCACGGAGGUGGCGGCCGCACUUCUUGGCGCCUCCACAACCUCGAUAAAUUCGGUAUCGAGCUCGGUCUACCGAACUCGUCCCUGUCGCGUCGGAGUCAUCGACGAGGACGAUCUCAGCACACCUUACAAUCGAUAUCGGUGUCUAUCGCCCAAUGAGCAUUAUGGCAAUAAGGCAUCGUUCGAGCCGUCCAUGAGCCUGGACAAGUUCGGCAGCAUGCACCACUUGACCUCGGCUGCGAUGAUGGCGCGUCGCGGCGGCCUCGCCAGGUCGCGUUUCAAAUCGCUCGACAUUGAGAGCAAUAUCGCCGCAGGCCACCAGCAGCGCCCGGCCAGCUGCCGUCUGCUGAGGCGCCAGUUCAGUCUGGACCGUGCCGACGACCAGCCCAGCACCAGUGGCCUGCAGCAGCAGGCCGGGAGCGGCGCAGCCGUGGCGAGCUGUUCCAGCAGCGAUCCUCUGCACAGUCGACAGACUCCGAGGCUGUUCAAGCAGAACAGCGCCGGGGCCGCCAACGACCUCGAGCGCAUCGAGGAGGUGCCGAGCACACCAGCCGCUAUGGCUGCGGCAGCCGCGGCCUACAGACAAUCCACCUCGGUCUCGCUCUCGGUCGAGUCGCUGACUCUCAGGUAGGUGCUUUGCUCGACCUGCAGCAGCAGCAACUUUUCUUCUGUGGGCCAGCGAGAUAAUGCAUAUCGACACGUCUUCGGAGCCGACGACAAAAUAUAUCACGCGACUGUAAGCUUUUCAGUACUUUUGAGAAUCAUCAAUAAUAAUACUAGAUUAUAUGGUAAAUUUGACAAUUCAAACGGAGAACGACUCUAUAAUGAAAAAAUCAUCAACGUGUAUCCUUGAAUCGUACCUGUUGUACAAACUACGUGUUCAGUCGAUGUCGAAAAAAGUCUAAAAAAAAAA